UUAGCCGCAAUAAUUGCGAAAAUUACGACAUGGAUAUUGCGUAGCUGUCCUUCUGCUAAACAACAACAAUUUACUGCAAAAUAAACUUGUAUCGAGUGUGUGACAGGUUAAACCAGAUGAACAGCUCAUGACAAUAUAAAGAGUUUAAUGUUUAAAUUAAAAUACCUGCGAAAAAAGAAAUGCCACUCGCCCUGCAAGACAAGCGCUGCCGGAAUAUUCACUCGUCCGGAGCCGAUUUCUACUCCUAAUAACGAGGGGCGAGUGAAUUUGUUGAGCCCUGAGUAUGACUUAACGAUGUCUGAGGGUUUGAGGAAACGACAAGCAAACAACAAGCCCAGAGUAGUGGAGCAGGAUGUGACAGAAGAAAAGAAGUAUCGCCAAUCAAUUGGAUGGCGCAAGGCUGGGUUGAUCAGUACAGGCCUGACUCUGAUCAUCUUUCCUAUGGUUCUGUCUAUCAUACCUUCACCAAUUGACCCAGUGGCAUACACACUGCCCCCGCCCCCAGAGUGGGUUGGUGCCCUGGCGCCCAACACCAAUCUGCAGCGGGCCACCAGGCUGUUCCAGGGGGAGGUAACUGGACCAGAGUCCAUCGUGGUCGACGGAGAUUACAUGUACACUGGCACAGCCGAUGGUCGCAUUAUGGUCAUCCAUAAGGGACAUGUCCGAGAAUUGACGAGGCUUGGACGAUUGCCAUGUGAAGGGUUUAAAGAUGAGCCAACAUGUGGGCGGCCCCUGGGUAUGAGGAUGGAUAGAGACGGCUACUUGAUUGUGCUAGACACAUACCUCGGCAUUUUCAAGGUCAAUGUUGCAACUGGUGACAAGAAAUGGCUGUCAAGUGUGGAAACUGACGGUCACACUUCCAAGUUUCUGAAUGACCUUGACAUUGGUCCAGAUGGGACGUACUACAUAUCGGACUCGAGCACCAAAUGGGACCGCAGACACAACCGAUACCUCGUCAUGGAGGGCGAUGCAACAGGCAGAUUAUUGUCCUACCACCCAGAAACCAACACAACCACUGUCCUAGCGACCGGGAUUCCAUUUGCAAAUGGAGUACAGCUGACCAGGGACAAACAGGCUAUCUUGCUGACAUCUACAACCCUAGCUGCUGUCUACAAAUAUUACAUAGCUGGUCCAAAGUCCGGCACCCUAGAGACCUUCAACAACAACCUUCCAGGCCUCCCUGACAACAUUCGCCGUAGCAGCAAGGGAGGUUACUGGGUAGGCCUGGCCUCGGUCCGGCGACCUGGGAGAUCUAUAGUAGAUGCCCUGGCAUCACGACCGUGGUUGAGACAGCUGAUUGCAAAGAUAUUUUCACAAGACGCUAUUAUUAAACUUCUGAGCACGUUUAACCCCUAUGGGAUGGUGAUUCAUCUGAAUGAACUAGGGGAGAUAACUCAGUCACUUCACGAUCCUACUGGGGCCAAGAUUUCGGCAGUUAGCGAAGUGGAGGACAGAGACGGAGUGCUCUACCUUGGAUCUUAUUAUUCCCCAUUUUUGAGUAAAUUAUAUUUGACUGAUAUUAAGAACUGAUAGCUUGUGUGGCUCCUGCUUUGAAUCGUAAGUUAUAACAUAACUGUACAUCCUAAAACAUCUAGUCUUAUUGAAAUGUAUUCAAGGAGCGAUAACUGUUUUAUUUUAUUAGCUCGGCUGUUUUCGGAGAAAACCCGAGGUAUUGUCAUAGCCAGCUCGUCGUGUCGUGUCCGUGUCGUGCUAAAACCUUUACAUUUCGUCAAGGUUUUGAACAUUGGCUCUGAAAUCAAAGUGCUUCCACCUACAACUUUGAAACUUCAUAUGUAGCUGCACCUUGAUGAGUUCUACACGCCACACCCAUAUUUGGGUCACUAGGUCAAAGGUCAAGGUCACUGACCUCUAAAAAAAAAAAAAAAAAUCUGACAAGCUUUCAUUUCUUCAAAAAUGCACCCGAGCUGAGCAUGGCCCCCGUUAUGCGGUGCUCUUGUUUUGUAUACAUACAUUUUUGUUUUAUUCACAGAAUUAUUGGAAUUGUUGUAUUAUCAUAUGUUUUGUACAUGUUACUUUUGUUAAGGGCAUUAGUAACUGUAAAUUCAUGAAUAUCAUUAGACACCUUAUAGAGUUACAGCUGCUCUGUUAUAUUUUGAUCAAAAUUUCAAAUAUAUUCACAGAAAUCCACAUUCUUACUUCAGUUGCAAAUUGUAUGUAGGAUUUACCAUGUACACAUGUUUUAAUUCUUGUCUUGCCAAAGGUAAUAUAGAAACAGUUUGUUCAGUUCAUAAUCUAUUGUGUACAAUACAUUUCUAGGAAAUCUGUUAGUACAUUGAAAAAGCUUAUACCAUUAUCAUCUACAUGUCAAUAAAGGAAACUGACAAGUGUG